GCUAAUUUAGAACCCGCCUACCUUCCCUGUCAAUCUCAACCGGAAAACUAGCGGUAUCACUGUAUUACAUUAUCCAUCUGGUCUACUCUCGGAAAAGUGGGUAAUUCUCGGGAAAUCAACAUGAAACGUCAUGGGUUUUUGUUCCAUUUGACAUUUAUUACCGCUUGUGUCCUUAUCGCUGCCAUCUGCUCAGUGAAAGGUGAGUCCCGUUUAUUUAGUUGGUUACCUCAUCCAACCCUAGCGCAAUAAUCUACAGUUAAAAACUAAUCCUUCAAAGGGACAAUCCGGAGUUCAAACAAUAACAAAGCAGAGACCCCACCACUUGUUUUGGUAAACAGCUGAAAGAUGUAGCUUGAGAAAUAUAACCACUCUCAAAUUCAUAGAUAGAGCUAUGGAUGCAAGGACUGACCAUCCAUGAGAUCAAAAUGAUAGUUUUAACCAUGUUUUGACCCUAUAGGCCUACAGUGUAUAUUUACAUGUACUUUGAUUACAAACAUUGGAGUAAAACAAGCUUAUAUUUUGAGUUCUGAUGAAGUUCAUGGAGAAUUUAUAAGUUAUAUUCUUCAAGAAUCAAUGGCUAUAUGUCAUUAAUUUAACAGUCCAAAAAUGGAUGUAGCAACUCCAGAUUGUCCCUUUAACGUCCAAGGACCUUAUAUGUUAUGUUUAGAGGUAAACUGGCUCUGGCAGCCAAAACAGCCAAAAACUCCAUCUAAACGUGAAUCGAUUCUUAAUUGCCAUAAGGUUCUAGAAACAUAAAGCCCUCUACUUUCAUAUCAGAUACAAAUUAUUUCACAAAUGUAAAAUAUGCACUUACUGUACAGUACACUGUUUUAACCGGUUUUAAAACAGUUGCAGGCAACAAUAUUUUUGAGUUACAACAAGUUUCUGGCAUCCUUCUUCUGUUACACACAGACAGGUUACACACAUGUUCAUAUUUUUAUCAUUUACCUGUAUUGAUUUUAUUUAGAUGACCAUUUUUCACUGUAAAAUAACCAAGCAAAGUACAGUAAUUGUCUGUAGCCCAACACUUCAUUAAUGUCAGAUGUAACUACUGAUUUUGCCUGUCACUCUCAUGUUAUGUCCAACUCUCUUGUAUUGACUGCUCUGGCCCAUACCGCUUGCAUCAGACACUUAUAAUGCAAUGUCCCAACUUGUCACCUGUAGGGCUCAGUGAAAAGGUUAAAUGUCACAGGAGAUGGACAUCCAAAUGUGGGCUGGAUGAUAAACAUAUUGGAUGAAAAAAUGUUAUUGUCACACUCUUUUUAAUCAGGAAACUGUCAUUUUCCUGUCAUGACUUUUUUUGUGUCGUCAAGUCUGUAAAAUGAAGGGAUGUCAGUUACUAUGAUCCAUGAUUAGUUUAUCAUUUAACUCUCUCCCUGCAUUGCUCAGCUGAGAAUUACGUUUGAAGUGUGCUUUCAGUCAAGUGAUUUUCCUUCUCCUCUCCUCAAACACCCUUUUCAAGCUCUGCUUUCAUCCAUCUUAUGCAUUUAAUUGUGUAAAUCAUAUUUUAAACGUUUAUCACAUAUCACCACUGAAAUUAUUUUGUCUGUCUAAUCUUAGUUUAAAAAAUCACUAGAAUUUAGACAGUGAAGAUUCUUUGCCUCAGACAAUUCCUCGAUCUAAUCCAAAGGGCUGUAUCUCUCUCAAAUGGUCUAAGUGAGUGCAGUUGUUCAGACCAUGGUUCUAGUGAUGACAACCCCCAUAAACCUAAAAGAUCAUCAAAGUUGGCGCUUCAUAAGUGUGAAGUGUAUUAUUUCAGUCCUGUCUGCUAUUUUUACAGCACCCUAAAGAGUCAAUGUAUGUAAUUGAACGCCUGACUCAGACAUACUGUUGCCAUGUGAUUUUUGAUGAUAGACUGUCAAGCCUGUAUUUAUAAAGGCUGUAUUUGUAAAGAUAUGGUUAGCAGCACAGGCUUAUGUUUAUUGACUACGAUCACAACAAGUGAUUCUUGUAACCAAUUACCCCCAAAAACACAAACAAAUGAAACGCACCCAUACCCAACACCACCAAAUGAAAUACACCCUGACUCUAACUACACAGUCCCAGAGCCAGAGUGUGACAGUACCCCCCCCCAAAGGCGCGGACUCCGACCGCGCCUACACCCAAAAAAUGGGGAGGGCUGGGUGGGUGUUGCUCCACGGAGGCGGCUCUGGCACUGGUCGUGGUCCCCACCCCACCAUAGUCACUACCCACUUAGGUAACCUCCUCCAACUGACCACCCAACACCCUAACCCACCUGGAUUAAGGGGCAGCACCGGACUAAGAGGCAGCACCGGACUAAGGGGCAGCACCGGACUAAGGGACAGCACCAGGAUAAGGGGCAGCACCGGACUAAGGGGCAGCACCGGACUAAGGGGCAGCACCGGACUAAGGGGCAGCACCGGACUAAGGGGCAGCACCGGACUAAGGGGCAGCACCGGACUAAGGGGCAGCACCAGGAUAAGGGACAGCACCUGGAUAAGGAGCAACACCGAGCUAAGGGGCAGCACCGGACUAAAUGGCGGAUCCUGGCUGGCUGGCUCUGGUGGAUCCUGGCUGGCUGGCGGAUCCCGGCUGGACGGCUCUGGCGGAUCCCGGCUGGACGGCUCUGGCGGAUCCCGGCUGGACGGCUCUGGCGGAUCCCGGCUGGACGGCUCUGGCGGAUCCCGGCUGGACGGCUCUGGCGGAUCCCGGCUGGACGGCUCUGGCGGAUCCUGGCUGGACGGCUCAUGGCUGGCUGACGGAUCUGGCUGCCCAUGGCUGGCUGACGGAUCUGGCUGCUCAUGGCUGGCUGACGGAUCUGGCUGCUCAUGGCUGGCUGACGGAUCUGGCUGCUCAUGGCUGGCUGACGGAUCUGGCUGCUCAUGGCUGGCUGACGGAUCUGGCUGCUCAUGGCUGGCUGACGGAUCCUGGGGACACACACAAGGCCUAGUGCGUGGUGCCGGAACUGGUGGUCCCGGGCUGAGGACACGCAUCUCAGGGCUAGUGCGGGGAGCAGCAACAGGACGCACAGGACUCUGGGGACACACCGGAGGCUUGGUGCGAAUAGCCGGAACGGGCUGGACCAGGCUGGCGACUCGCACCCCUGGUUUGGUGCGAGUGGCAGGAACAGGCCGGGCCGGGCUGGCGACGCACACCGUAGGCUCCGUACGUGGUACAGGAACCGGCCGGGCUGGGCUGGCGACGCACACCGUAGGUUUCCUACGUGACGCAGGGACAGGCCGGGCUGGGCUGGCGACGCACACCGUAGGCUUCGUACGUGGCGCAGGAACAGGCCGGGCUGGGCUGGCGACGCACACCGUAGGCUUCCUACGUGGCGCAGGGACAGGCCGGGCUGGGCUGGCGACGCACACCGUAGGCUUCGUACGUGGCGCAGGAACAGGCCGGGCUGGGCUGGCGACGCACACCGUAGGCUUCCUACGUGGCGCAGGGACAGGCCGGGCUGGGCUGGCGACGCACACCGUAGGCUUCGUACGUGGCGCAGGAACAGGCCGGGCUGGGCUGGCGACGCACACCGUGGGCUUGACGCGUGGAGUAGACACAGGCCGGUCCGUACUGGGAACACACACCACUGGCCUUAACCGGGGCUCAGGAACGGGCCGGACCGGACUGGUAACACACUUCAGUCUCUCACGCCGUGCCACAACAACUUCCCUCCCUCUACUCGCCAAUGGCUCCCGUACUCCGGUAGCCUUCUCUCCACGUCUACCUGUGGCAGCCUCCUGCUGCCCAGCCGCCCAAGCCAUGUGCCCCCCCCAAAAAAUUUCUUGGGGUUGCCUCUCGUCCACGGGCUUCCAGCCUCGACUCCGUGCUGCCUCCUCAUACCACCUCCUCUCGGCUUUCGCUGCCUCCAGCUCUUCACGAGGGCGGCGAUAUUCUCCCGGUUGUGCCCAAGGACCCUCUCCAGCCAGUAUCUCCUCCCAUGUCCACGAAUCCUUUAUAGGUGGAUACUGUUGCCGCUGGACACGCCGCUUGGUCCUUUUGUGGUGGGUUUUUCUGUCACGAUCGUCUGAAGGAGGAGACCAAUGCGCAGCGUUGUGAGUGAACAUGAUGACUUUAUUUAUCAAAGCGACCACGAAAAAACAACAAAAGACGAUACGUGAAGUUCUCUAUGACACCGACUGAACAUAGCACAAGGAAACAAAAACCCACAAACACAAGGUGAAAAACACACAGAAUAUAUAUGGCUCCCAAUCAGAGAUAACGAGCCGACAGCUGACACUCGUUACCUCCGAUUGGGAGUCAUUAACCAAUUACCAAAAACACAAACAAAUGAAACUCACCCAUACCCAACACCACCAAAACAACAUACACUCUAGCUCACAUACACAAGUCCUAGAGCCAGAGUGUCACAGAGGCAUGUUGUUUCCUCUAAAUCAUUGUAUAUUGAAAAGGAAGAAGAGGAAGAAUACUUCAUGUCCAUUUUCUUUUUGGAGAACAGAAAUAUACUUUUGUUACUCAACCCACCCCAAUGCACACACAGAAGGGUUGGAAGCACAGGGUCAGCCACUGCGCAGCACCCCUGGAGCAGAUGGCAGCUAGGGUAUUCAAUCCUCACCAGAUUUUUACUGUCCAGCCUGUGAUUCUAACCAGCAACCCUCCGCUUGCUGGCCUGCCUCUCUAACCCUUUAGUCUAACUGCCGCCCCCAAGCAGCCUCUGUUCUCUACUAGUCCUAAUGUACACACAGUAUACUGUAUCUCCAUAAGAUAUGCUUCACAGAAAGUGUGCCACAGGAAGUGUUUAAGAAGCUGUACCGAUGGAAUAGGAAAACAUCUGUAUGUGUUGUUAUCUGUUCCCACUGUAAAGCAGCAUUAUCGGCCUACAAAGGUGCUAUCUACAACUUAAAAGGGUUAUUCGGCUGUUCCCAUAGAACCUGGAUCUACGGGAUCGGUGUCCCAUAUACGGGACAGUUGAGCUAACGUGCGCUAAUGUAAUUAGCAUGACUGUUGUAAGUAACAGCAAACUUUCCAGGACAUAGACAUGUCUUAUAUGGGCAGAAAGCUUAAAUUAUUGUUAAUCUAACUGCACUGUCCAAUUUACAGUAGCUAUUACAGUGAAAAAAUACCAUGCUAUUGUUUGAGGAGCAGGUGGUAUACCUGGCUCAAGCCCCCUGACCCUCAACACACCUAGGUUGCGUUCCACUACUUAGACGUUGUCAGAUCUUACAACGCCUGGAUAGGUAUGUUACCUAUCAGAUAACCACAUCAAUCUGUCAGUCGAUGACACAGUCAAUGAAGUGGCACGCAGCAACCAUUGGUUGAUGCAUGCAACAUCUGAGCAGUGGAACGCGACCCUAGUGUUGUGUAAGUGUUGGUCAUUCCUGAAAUGAGGAAAAUGGGAAUCCAUAUUGAGGUACAGUUUAUCCCUGGUCUGUUUAUAAUCUAGGGCAGGGUUCUUCAAUUCCAGUCCUGGAGGGCCGAAACACCUCUGUUUUUCAUCCUCUCCUUCUAAUCAGGGGCUAAUUCAGACCUGGGACACCAGGUGAGUGCAAUUAACUACCAGGUAGAAAUAAAAAACAGAAGUGUUUCGGCCCUCCAGGACCGGAAUUGAAGAACCCUGAUCUAGGGAAUCCUGCAUUCUUUUAGUCUGGCAGACAAACACAUUGUGUUAGUGAAGUAAAGCACAGAGGGAGGUGAGAAUGAAAUGCACGGUCCAUUUAACAUGUCAGUGUGUCUGUCUGGACCCAGAGCAAUUAUCUUUGGCUAGUUCUCAUGACAGACUGUUAACAUAGCUGACCAGCCUGCACGCAAGAUUAGGUUCUUGGUUCCGAGAUUAAUCUUUGGCUGUGUUUAAAUGUGUUUCUUAGUAUCCAAGCAGCAGGAAAAGCAGAACAUAAGUCAUUUUACACACACACACUUCAUUACCUCUACUUGAAUAGCUGACAAUUGGUGAAAUAAACUGAAACAGGUUGAUACCAUUGAUGAUUUAUUGUCAUGAACCAUAAACUCAAAGACAGGUAUGUCACUUCUGUGGCCUUUUCCACUCCCUCAAUUUCCUGAGUGUAAUCAACAGAGGAAUUUGACUAGUUUUACCCUAACGAAGAUUUCAAGACCCCACUGUCAACAUUUGACAACAUGACUCCAAUACACUCUUAGAAAAAAAGGUUCCAAAGGGGUUCUUCGGCUGUCUCCAUAAGAUAACCCUUUUUGGUUCCUGGUAGAAUCCUUUUGGGUUCCAUGUAGAACCAUGGAACCCAAAAGGAUUCUACCUGGAACCAAACGGGUUCUACAUGGAACCCAAAAGGGUUCUGCCUGGAACCAAAUGGGUUCUACCUGGAACCAAAAAGGGUUCUUCAAAGGGUUCUCCUAUGGGGACAGUCAAAGAACCCUUUAAGGUUCUAGAUAUCACCUUUUUUUCUAAGAGUAUAGGAACGUCCACAAAAUCAUUAAAUGCCUUUAACUUGAAAUGCCUCAUAUACUUUCAAUAUAACGCUUUCUCUCACCCCUUUGUCAGCUCCACAAAGGAAGUGUUUUAACGCUGGUGAUCAUGCUGUAUCAUGUCUGUUGUCAAUUGGUUGUAAAGCCAGUAUGCUCACUACAAAAGGUUGACAGAGGCUGCAAAACCUGUUGAUGGAUAGAACAGCACAGGUGAGUGAUGGGAGGAGUGAGAUACCCACCAUGCAGCACUCUACAUUACAUAGACCAGGGUAUCUAAAAUGCGUACCAAGUGUGUAAAUACAGCAAGUAUACCUGUAGCUGUAUAAUAGGCUACUUAGCAAUACUUGACAGGGAGCAUACAAACUGUUUUUCUCAAGCAGGGAGCUUGUUCAUGAUUGUCAAAGCUAAUGACCAUUCUAAGCUCACCUCUUCAAACUCCUGUAUGUCGUUGAACCUUCCCAUUGUAAAGCAAGUAUGAUUCUGUUUUAUGAAUUGGAAUAGUAUGCUGGUAUGUCAUAGAGGACUGUAGGGUCACUCUUGGCUUAGUGGAACUACGAAACCACCUGUCUCCCACUGGAUGUUCCUGCCCUCUCCCUUCCUGGUCUCAUGUGCUAUGUAAGUCAGCACUUAGGCCCUCUGUGGCCUCCUAGCUAACAUUUGCCCUCAGCAUCACCACAUCUCCUUUGUGUUCAUGGAGGGAAACAACUCUCGUUAGAGUGCCAGUGCCUGUAUUCACAAAGUGUCUCAGAAUAGGAGAGCUGACCUAGUAUCAGGUCCUCCCUGCCCAUGUAAUCUUAUUCAUUAUACUGACCCUAGAACAGCACUCCUACUGUGAGACGCUUUGUGAAUACAGGGCCAGGAGACCAGGGAAGUCCCUUAUCAAGCCUCCAACUCUUCAUGCUAUGAUGUAAGAUAUGCUUGAUCACAUGUAAUGGAGAGGCCAUUGAGGUGAGGUGUGACUGCCUUUUGACACAGAGAUUGUCAAAUUGUCCAAAACAUGGCAGGUGUAUGGAGGCUCCAUAUUGUGCCUUUAUGGGACCACUCUGUGACACUCCUCUCUCUUUCUCUCCUCCCCUCUCUCUCUCUCUCUCUCUCUCUCUCUCUCUCUCUCUCUCUCUCUCUCUCUCUCUCUCUCUCUCUCUCUCUCUCUCUCUCUCUCUCUCUCUCUCUCUCUCUCUCUCUCUCUCUCUCUCUCUCUCUCUCUCUCUCUCUCUCUCUCUCUCUCUCUCUCUCUCCCCCGCUUCCAGGGGAUUACUGUGAAGUGAAUCUCUGCCAUAACGGAGGGACGUGUGUGACCGGGGUGGGGGAGGACCCAUUCAUCUGUAUCUGUGCUGAUGCUUUUACUGGAGACACCUGCCACCUCAAUGAGACUGGUAAGGAGGAGUAGAGCUAGCCAAAUAUGGUCAAGGCAGGUCAAUGAGACUGGUAAGGAGGAGUAGAGCUAGCCAAAUAUGGUCAAGGCAGGUCAAUGAGACUGGUAAGGAGGAGUAGAGCUAGCCAAAUAUGGUCAAGGCAGGUCAAUGAGACUGGUAAGGAGGAGUAGAGUUAGCCAAAUAUGGUCAAGGCAGGUCAAUGAGACUGGUAAGGAGGAGUAGAGUUAGCCAAAUAUGGUCAAGGCAGGCGGAUGUAUUUACAAAGCUUUGAGUUUCAAAUGGGACAAUUCAAUAUACUCAGUAUACUGAGAUUUUGGUCUUGUCACUUCACUUUGAGAAGCAAAGCUAAUUUCUUGGACUGGCACCCAGGCGCUUGCUUCCAUUUCUGUUAAUUAAACCUUACUGUUUUUCAUUAAAUGAAAGCAUAUACUUGAUUUUUUUCCUGGAGCAUGUCCCAUCUUUAUAAUUAAUCAAUUCUCCCUAAGGUCCCUGCAUUCCCAACCCCUGCAGGAAUGAUGGGUCGUGUGAGGUCAUCACUCCGACCAGACGAGGAGACAUGUUCAGCGAAUACGUGUGUAAAUGCCAGCCUGGCUUCGAGGGCGUGCACUGCCAGAUCAGUAAGUACCUUACCUGUGACUGUACCUGUUCUGUCGUAAUUCGCCCUGCCAACCCGGGCUUUCCUUCCUUCAGGUAAUCACAGAUCUGAAUUGGUUGGUUGGAUUGGUGAAAGUAAUAGGGUGGUGACCUUGCUUACAGCUAUCCAAUCAUUUAUAGAUAUGUACUUACCUCAAGGAAACCAGGAAGGAUUCAUUUCUGAAGUAGUCGAACAUGGCCAACAUGUCUGUGCUACUCUGCGUUUCCCCUAGAUUGUUGUCUUAAGAUACAUUUUUAAAUAGAAAACAAUUCAUGCCAAAUUGUUUUAGAUGAGGAGAACCAGCUUGCCUUGGGUAGGGUCCACUACCCCAAUCCUAACUUCCACCAUUACAGUCAAAACAACAAACUGACAGACUGAAUGGUGUGUCAUGGCAGGCAUUACUAACAUUAACGGCUGUUAAAGUUGGAAACACCUGAGACAUUUUCCACUCUGUGCAUGAGUGUAAGAGAGCAUUGUGGUGAGCUCAUGAUUCAUGAAAGACUUUCAUUCAGCAUGUUGGAGAGCUGUUGGCUAAUGAGGAAAUGGCAACCCACCCAAGCCUCUUAGUGUGAAAAAAUGCUUUUCAGCCAUUUUGACUAAAUGCAGCAUGACUGGGUGUAUCGUGGAUAUGAAUCUCUUUUCAAACGUUGUAUUUGUGUGUUACUGCUUGGAUGGCAAGAUAUCUUCUAUGUGAUCUCAGCUUUUGAAGAAGUUGUGCUUUAGCUCUUUAGCCUUCACUGGUGGUCCAAUCUGGUCCUUACUUUUUAAAAUCAUUAUAAAUAUGUGAGUAGCACAGAAAGGAUCUUACAUGGAGCAGAAUGGAGUAAAACUUUAUUAUCCACAUAAUAUGGAAAUGUCCCUUUGGCUUCACACUAUGACAUAACUGUAACAUGACAUUAAAGGGGCAAUCUGCAUUAAAUCCAUCCAUCUUUAGACUUUUAAAAUGAAUUGUAUGUACCCAUUGCCUCGUGAGUCGUACCAUGUUAGAGGCCAAAAUAUAAGCUUAUUUUACUCCUUUGUUUGUAAACAAUGUAAUUGUGGUCAAAUACUGUAUAGCCUAAAAACAUGGUUAAAACUAUCAUUUUGAGAUCAUGUAUGCACAGUCCUUGUAUCCAUAGCUCUGUCCAUGAAUUAGAAAUGUGUUGAUUUCUCCAGCCCCUUCCCUCAGCUGUUAACCAAAACAGCAGCUGGGUGGCUUUGUUAUUGUUUCAAACUGCAGAUUGCCCCUUUAAAAACAGUGAUGUCAUUUUGAUGACAUUUACAAUAUUUAUUUGGAUAUCAAAAACCUAAGAAUGAGUGUUCUAAACCCUUCUAUGGUGAGGAGGAGUAACUCUGCCUGCAGUGCAUCCAAGGGACACACCCAGGAUGUGGUGAAGCGUGGGCUGGCGAUUGAUGGGCUUUAAAUACUGUGUGUGUGUGUGUGUGUGUGUGUGUGUGUGUGUGUGUGUGUGUGUGUGUGUGUGUGUGUGUGUGUGUGUGUGUGUGUGUGUGUGUGUGUGUGUGGGUGCGUGCGUGCGAGAAAGCGAGAAAGCGAGAGAGAGAGAGAGAACACUGACUGGCCAGAACAAUGCAUUCUGAAAGUAUUGGAUCCUGUUUGAAUAGUUUCUAAAUGCAUAAUUCCAUCCUUCCUUUCUUGGAGCAAACACUGAUCCAACAAAAUUGGAUACGUAACAGGCAACAGCCUGGGUUCCACCACAUAGCUUUCACCAAUCUACACUGUAAAAAAUGCAAGAAAUCCAUGUAGCUUAAAUAUCCAAAUUGGCUGGAUUUAAAAUGUGGAAAUUGUUGAGCUGACAUGGAAUACUCUACUAACCUAAUAAUUUCUGCUCAGUGUGAGCUGAAUUUGAAAAACAAUGUUGUUUGAACUUAAAUAUUUGAGUUGUAAUGCGUCAUAUUUCAGCCUCUAAAAUAUAUGUUAUAAUGAUAAACUGGUCCCUGACAAAAAAAUAAAUAAAGUAAAAUGGAACUUGCAAAGGCAAAAAAUUCAACUCACGAUGGGCAUAAAUCAUGUCAGCUCAACAAUUUCCCCAUUUUAAGUUCAGCCAACUUGGAUAUUUAUGUUCAUUGGACUAUUCCUAAGUUGCAUGUUUUGUGUGUACAAGCUUUCACCAGAUUUUCUCUAACACCCCCUCUAGCCAGCCAGGAACUCUCUCUCUGAGGCACCUUUACAGCAAUUAGCCAUGGUCCACUGUAAUCUCAGAAGGCUUUAGCAGAGCAAGGAGACUGCUGCCAGUCCUGCUCUCUACACAGUAGGCCUAGCUAUUGAGAGCCCCAGGGCUAGUUGAGUCAGUAGUUGCCUUCUCAUGAAAACAAACUGAUAUUCAUGCAUGGACUGGUAAAAAAGUGUCUAAUACUUCACAUUCCAGAUUAGGAUCUAGGAGGCUAAUGCCACCAUAACCCUUGUCCUUUCCAUUCAUAUCCUUGGUUUGUCCAAGUCUUCCAUUGAAAGUCCAGAAUCUGAUUGAAAAACCAGGCGCGCUGAUGCGACUACAAAACUGUAGAUGAUUCAUAGUAUAUUUAUAACCUCUAACUGCUAGUCUGACCACCUAUUGCAGUGUUAUUGCUGUCUGGUUGUCACCAACCACAUUUGUUCUUGUUCUACCAGACGUCAUAGUUUUUAUAGGCCUCUAGGUAGGGUGGAUCUCAGUACUGUCUUGUCACUCCAUCGUUUGGCACCAACAUGGCUGGAAUACUCCUGCUUGGCUAGUGGUUGGAUGUACUGCUGUUUGUUAUGGACCACAUUAUUCUAGAAUCUUCUGCCCUUCCUUCUAAGAAUGGAUCAGACCAGUCUUCACCUUCUGUCAGUGUCCCUGUCUGCCAUAGACACAGACACAUAGAGACACAUGCAGGUGCACACACACACACACACACACACACACACACACACACACACACACACACACACACACACACACACACACACACACACACACACACACACACACACACAUACACACACACACACACACACACACACACACAGUCUAAAGAUACACCUAGGCCAUCUAAUCUACCUAAUCAAGGUCAGAGAUGUUUUUUACUGUGCAUGCACGUGCUUGUAUUUCUCAGUGUGGGUGUGUGUGUUGUCACGGCGUUGAACGGAAUGGGUUUUAGAGUUGGGACCAAUCCUCUUAGAGUUAACGGGAACAGCAGCUAAACAGAAGAUGUGUUGUUAAAGUGCUGUCUGCCCCGUAGAUUACAACCUGGAAGUGGCUCCGAGGGACACUUAGACUGAUAUAAACACAGUUUUCAACCACUGUGUUUGCUGUUUAUGGCCUAUUUUUGAAUUCCAGGGAUGAGUAAUUACAAUAUCAAGAUGUUUUAGCUCUGUGGUUACCUAACAUUUCUGUCCUAUGACCCACCAAACCAUUUUGGAAUUUUCCUGUGACCCACGGGCACUGAAUGAACAAAGCAGAUUUUUUAAGGUCCUAGAUCGAAUCAGUGAUGACUCACUAGCGGGUACCGGCCCACCAUUUGGGAAAAACUGUUUUAUGUAAAAAUGUAAAUACUGUUUUAUCUGACAACAAUAAUCACUUAUAAAAUUCCCCUGACAGCAAUGGCUUUGUUGAAGAAUUGUUGUUGUUGUUGUUCAGAUGACUAGAUUAAAGAACAAUGAGUGUAUUCACUAAGAACCAAACGGAACCAAACAGAAGCAAACGGGGAGGGACCUACCAAUGUUUUCUGUUGCAAAACGUUUUGCUAUGGUUUUCUAUGGUGUGAACUAAUGAAUACACCCCAGGUAUAAGUCCAUGCUAUUUAUAAUACAAGUGAGCCCCCUGGUGGGGGACUAGAAAGAGCUGCAGUAGUGGACAGACUACCACAGACUACUCCCAGAUCACCUCACCCUGCAGGCACAACAUAGAACACACCCAAAACCACAACCCUGCCCUUCACCUGUGGUAAUUAAUGUUCUGGCCCCAAAGUUGCCCCCAGCUGUGCCCCUGUCAUCACCCCUGUGUCUUAGAGAACACACCUGCAGAGAGGCAUUAUGGAGCCACACUGGAGGUACUGUGGUGCUUCAAGGUUCACCCACCUGGCUGAUUAGCCUGCAUGUAGUCUUACUACUGGGCUAUAUCUGACCUACCUUUGGGGUAUAAGUGUCCUGCAUUUAACCAUCAGGGACUGUGUUCUCUCCUGCUCAGGUCCAGGCAGUGUUUUAGAUGUCAGACCCAGUGGGCAGAACUGGUUCAUUCGGAUGUAUUUUCAAUCGUUAUGGUCCGGUUGUAUAGAGCAACCAAGAAAAUUAUAUAUGUAGUUAUCUGACCAGAUAAGGGCAACAAUAUUUCAUCUUUCCCAGACAUCUUGAUGUCUUCAUGAAAAAAAUCCAUCCAGAAAAGCAGUUUAGAACAAGAUGUGUCAUUAUGAAGUCCCAUGCCAGAUUCCUAUGUUAGGACAAGGUGUAUUAUGACAUGCGCAACUUCUAUAUAACUGUGUCUAUCUCUUGUGCUUGUCCUGUCUAGAUGUGAAUGACUGUGAGAACCAGCCAUGUAAGAACGGCGCGAUGUGUCGAGAUCUGGAUGGUGACUACACCUGCCUGUGCCCUUCACCCUACGUUGGGAAGCAAUGCCAGCUCCGUAAGUAUAGGGCAGGGGAAUCACUGCAUAGUAGAGAUUGAAACAUGUCUACAACUCUGCGUAUUACAACUUAUGAACUGUCUCUCUUUGUACUUUAAGUCACAACCAGUAUGUCCAUAUUAGAGAUUAUAAUCUGUUUAUGUCUCUUUAUAAGACGUUGUAACGUAUGUAUGUCUGUGUAUGUGUUUGUUCCAGGUUGUAUCUCUCUGAUGGGGAUGGAGGGAGGAGAAAUCGUAGAGUCUCAGAUCUCGGCCUCCUCUGUGCACUAUGGCAUUAUGGGUCUUCAGCGCUGGGGUCCAGAACUGGCCCGGCUCAACAACCAGGGCAUGGUCAACGCCUGGACCGCCGCCAACCACGACAAGAACCCCUGGAUGGAGGUUAGAGAACCAAGACAGUUUAGUAAAUAAUCACUUGUUGUGGUAAACGUGUUGUGGUGAAGUAUCCACUGUUUCUCAAAUGGUGGGCCAGAACCCACUGGUGGACCGUGGCCAGCUCCUCAUGGGUCCAGCCUCAACUUUGUCUUGAAACAUGCUGUUUACUUUAUGAAGUCACUCAAUUUGGCGUCUCUAUGGACAUUGUCAUGGAAAAGAAAUGAAAGCCUUUUUGGAUUUGUCUGAAUGAUGGCCUCCAGCUCUAGUACAGUCUAAGCAUGCAGCACACAUAUAAACAGACAUGGACUGUACACUCUCAGAACAAACGGUGCUAUCUAGAAUAUACAAGUGUUCUUCAGCUGUUCACAUAGGAGAACCCUUUGAAGAACCCUUUUUGGUUCCAGGAAGAACCCUUUUGUGUUCUAUGUAGAACCCUUUCUAGCUGUAACAAAAACAAAAUAUCCUUUGGGGACAACUGAAGAACCCUUUUGGAACCCUUUUUUCUAAGAGUGUAUCAUCUAAAUCCAAGUGGGGAGGAUGAUUAGUGGUUUUACCCCUGUCUGACCUCUCUCUGACCUCUGAUUCUAGAUCAACAUGCAAAAGAAGAUGCGCCUAACUGGCAUCAUCACCCAGGGUGCCAGUCGAAUGGGCAUAGCUGAGUACAUUAAAGUCUUUAAAGUGUCUUCCAGCUUUGAUGGUAAGACCUACACUCCCUACAGACCAGAGGGACAGCGGAAGGACAAGGUGACUUUACAAUAUGAGUUUACCAUAGUAAUAGUCAUUUAUAGUCAGUGACUCAGUGUGAGUUAAUUUAAAUAGUUGCCUAAUUUCCUACAGUCAAAGUAACUGAUAAAGGGUCAGAUAUUUUUCAUCCUCUUAAUGGUUAAGGUCAGAAUUGUGGGAGGUUUAAGCUGUUCCUAGAUCUGUUCCUACUGGCAUGUUUUACUUGGAGCUGUACAGUAGCUCCCACAUGAAUGCCUAUAACAACGUGGAGACCUCACUUCUGUGCCCUGUGCCCCAGGUGUUUGUGGGUAACAUUGAUAAUGACAGCACCAAGACCAACCUGUUUGACCCUCCCAUCGUGGCCCAGUUCAUCCGCGUCAUUCCCGUGGUGUGUCGCAAGGCCUGCACCCUACGUAUGGAGCUGGUGGGCUGUGAGCUCAAUGGUAAACAGACCCCUCUACAAGGGAAAACAGAGAGGAAAGACAACUAGGCUGCAUCUCAAUAGUCUUACUUGGCUUCCUUUCCACCUCGUCUCCUCGCCUUUAUCUGCACCAAUCUGGAAACUCAGGACAGGUGAUAGAAAUAUGGUCUGGCUAUUUGCUGUCUUGUUUUUUACAUCAGAUGACCAUAAGGAGAUAAAGAAAGGAGGCCACUUCAGACUAUUGAGAAAAGAAUUGUAAAGAAAACCCCAUUCAAAUCCCCAGGGACAUUCAGGGUCCUCUGCCUGAACCAGAAAUAGACCUUGAGAAAACGUACAAACCCCACCAAGUAAAAGGCAUUAAGUUGGGUACAUACGGGCUCGUUGUGUUGACACUGUGGCUCUUCAGUCCAGCUUGCUGACAAUAACAGGAGUUUGUUUAGAUGGCCAAACACGGGUCUAGAUUUAGUUAUGGUUAGACUACAUAGGGAAUGGUUUGGCCAGCAUUCAGAGGGAGACCCAUGCCGUGCAACAAUGGAGACGGAAUUCCUGACAAAAACACCACCCAUACACACAUGCACACACACCAGGUCCAUAUGUGUUCCCAGCCCCACCCUAUUACUCAGUGUGGAUACAGCUAUAGUUCAAAUUGCCUUGCUGCUAGGAAGGCUGUUGGAUUCCCUCACUUUUCCUAUUCCCCAUUAUUUUCCUAUUCCCUGCCUCACCUUUCCUAUUCAUUUCAAAACCUCCUUUAUACAAAUUAUAUUAGUUUAUUAUCAAUAUCUGUCUGGGACUUUUCAUUCCCUGCUUUCAUUACUUUGUCUUAUUAUUGACUUUCUGUACUGUGCCUAUACACAGGAAAUAAUCUGGCAUACCUACCUGUCCUUCACUGAUUAUGUCAUGCUACCUGUCCUACACUGUUUAUGUAAUGCUACCUGUUCUACACUGUUUAUGUCAUGUUACCUGUCCUACACUGUUUAUGUCAUGUUACCUGUCCUACACUGAUUAUGUCAUGCUACCUGUUCUACACUGUUUAUGUCAUGUUACCUGUCCUACACUGUUUAUGUAAUGUUACCUGUCCUACACUGUUUAUGUAAUGUUACCUGUCCUACACUGUUUAUGUCAUGUUACCUGUCCUACACUGUUUAUGUAAUGCUACCUGUUCUACACUGUUUAUGUCAUGUUACCUGUCCUACACUGUUUAUGUAAUGUUACCUGUCCUACACUGUUUAUGUAAUGUUACCUGUCCUACACUGUUUAUGUAAUGCUACCUGUUCUACACUGUUUAUGUCAUGUUACCUGUCCUACACUGUUUAUGUAAUGCUACCUGUUCUACACUGUUUAUGUCAUGGUGUCAAUAUACAAAUCAAUCCAUCAAUCAGUAAGUAGCUAAUCUGCAUGCUUUGAGCUGCAGUGGCGGCUGGUGGAGGGAGAAAUUAGGAGGACGGGCUCUUUGAAAUGUACUCCACUGAGUGGGUGGUUCUUCACUUGGGUGUGAUCAUUGGUUUCUCUCUAUUGGUUUUCUGUCUUUCACCUCUGCUCCUUCCCUGUCCAUCAUUGUCUCUCUGCUGUUUCGUUUACAGUGUAUUCCAACACGACAGGUUGCUCUGAGCCAAUGGGCAUGAAGUCCCGCCUCGUCUCUGACGGACAGCUCUCGGCGUCCAGUGCCUUCCGCACCUGGGGCAUUGACGCCUUCACCUGGCACCCACAGUUCGCCCGGCUAGACAAACAGGGCAAGACCAACGCCUGGUCCCCAGCCACUAACAACCGCUCAGAGUGGCUACAGGUGAGACUGACUCCACCAGCACUAAUAGAAUGAUGAGAUCUCCUCUUUUAAAGGGAAUAGCUAGCUAUAUAAGUUUAAAAAAUGAAUGUACCAAUCCCAGAUUGGGAAAGGGUGAUACCUAGUCAGUUGUACAACUGAAUCCAUUCAACUGAAAUGUGUCUUCCGCAUUUAACCCAACCCCUCUGAAUCGGAGAGGUGCAGAGGGCUGCCUUAAUCGACGUCCACGUCAUCAACGCCUGGGGAACAGUGGGUUAACUGUCUUGCUCAGGGGCAGAACGACACAUUUUUACCUUGUCAGCUCGGGGAUUCGAUCCAGCAACCUUUCGGUUACUGGCCCAACACUUCUACCCACCAGGCUACCUGCCCUUUUAAACUGUGCUCUUUAACAAAGGAUUACAGGUAGCACUUUAUUUUACGGUUUGGAAAUGACUAGGUAAUUACUUGGAAUGUACUUGGUAAAAUGAUAUUCAUACAGUAAUAACCCAUGACUUACUUGAUUGUGUCUUUAGAAUGGGAACUUUUAGGUACCAGGUAAUUCCCAGUUGUGUUAAAUUAGUUGUAGUACGUACCAGAAUGUACAGAUUGUUACCACAUUGUUUCUUAGUAAAUACCAUACAAAUAUCAAUGGAAACAGUGCAACCUUAGAGGAAGGGUCACUUUCUCUUCCUAAUAUGAUUUGUAAAACAAAAAGUAAUGGACAUUUUUAUCAUCCUUGUGGGAUUCUGAUACAUCUGCUCUUGCUUCAUACUGUUUUAUAUGAUGAAACAGCUAUUCAAUAUUGGGCACAAAUUGUGGGGGGAAACAGACAUCAGGGAUAGGAGUCUGACAUAUGUUUACGCAGUAUCUUUGUUUAUAAACUUCUUAUUCUGAAAAGUGAAUCCAUUCCUGUGAGGGGAGUCUACCUGGUAGUAGUUGUAGGUUUUUAUGACACUGAUGAAGGCCAGAUGGGCGAAAUGUUUGAAAUGGAUUAAACAUUUUCCUUUUUUCACCUGAAAUCGAUGUGUGUGAACCGUCCUUCUCUUUUCUACUAUGGUUUUCAUACAAUACCCAAGACACGUUUUGUGAUUUUAUUUGACCUUGGGAAAAGAGCUACUUCAAAAUACAGGGUUCAUUGAAUUGAGCCCUGAGGUAUUCCCUCAUCAUUAAUCUGGUCUAUAUGUUACUGUCCUCUCCUCCAUGAUCCUGUCCCAGGUGGACCUGGAGAAGACCAAGCAUCUGACAGGCAUCAUCACCCAGGGGGCUAAGGACUUUGGGGUGGUGCAGUUUGUGUCCGCCUUCAAAGUGGCCUACAGCGACGACGGACAUGCCUGGAACCUGGUGAAGCAUGAGAACACUAACACAGAGAAGGUCAGUGAACCAUUUCUCAAAAUGUAUUCUCAUAUAUUGGAGCUCCCCAACAAAAUAUGUAUUUUUCAGCCUCAUAGUUCUGAUAGGCUUAACUAGCUUCCUUUCCUUGUCUCCUCUCCUUCAUCGCCACUGAUCUUACAGUGAGGGAAAAAAGUAUUUGAUCCCCUGCUGAUUUUGUACGUUUGCCCACUGACAAAGAAAUGAUCAGUCUAUCAUUUUAAUGGUAGGUUUAUUUGAACAGUGAGAGACAGAAUAACAACAAAAAAAUCCAGAAAAAUGCAUGUCAAAAAUUUUAUAAAUUGAUUUGCAUUUUAAUGAGGAAAUAAGUAUUUGACCCCUCUGCAAAACAUGACUUAGUACGUGGUGGCAAAACCCAUGUUGGCAAUCCCAGAGGUCAGACGUUUCUUGUAGUUGGCCACCAGGUUUGCACACAUCUCAGGAGGGAUUUUGUCCCACUCCUCUUUGCAGAUCUUCUCCAAGUCAUUAAGGUUUCGAGGCUGACGUUUGGCAACUCGAACCUUCAGCUCCCUCCACAACUUUUCUAUGGGAUUAAGGUCUGGAGACUGGCUAGGCCACUCCAGGACCUUAAUGUGCUUCUUCUUGAGCCACUCCUUUGUUGCCUAGGCCAUGUGUUUUGGGUCAUUGUCAUGCUGGAAUACCCAUCCACGACCCAUUUUCAAUGCCCUGGCUGAGGGAAGGAGGUUCUCACCCAAGAUUUGAUGGUACAUGGCCCCAUCCAUCGUCCCUUUGAUGCGGUGAAGUUGUCCUGUCCCCUUAGCAGAAAAACACCCCCAAAGCAUAAUGUUUCCACCUCCAUGUUUUACGGUGGGGAUGGUGUUCUUGGGGUCAUAGGCAGCAUUCCUCCUCCUCCAAACACGGCGAGUUGAGUUGAUGCCAAACUUCAGACGGGCAUGUAUAUGUGCUUGAGCAGGGGGACCUUGCGGGCGCUACAGGAUUUCAGUCCUUCACGGCGUAGUGUGUUACCAAUUGUUUUCUUGGUGACUAUGGUCCCAGCUGCCUUGAGAUCAUUGACAAGAUCCUCCCGUGUAGUUCUGGGCUGAUUCCUCACCGUUCUCAUGAUCAUUGCAACUCCACGAGGUGAGAUCUUGCAUGGAGCCCCAGGCCGAGGGAGAUUGACAGUUCUUUUGUGUUUCUUCCAUUUGUGAAUAAUCGCACCAACUGUUGUCAUCUUCUCACCAAGCUGCUUGGCGAUGGUCUUGUAGCCCAUUCCAGCCUUGUGUAGGUCUACAAUCUUGACCCUGACAUCCUUUGAGAGCUCUUUGGUCUUGGCCAUGGUGGAGAGUUUGGAAUCUGAUUGAUUGAUUGCUUCUGUGGACAGGUGUCUUUUAUACAGGUAACAAACUGAGAUUAGGAGCACUCCCUUUAAGAGUGUGCUCCUAAUCUCAGCUCGUUACCUGUAUAAAAGACACCUGGGAGCCAGAAAUCUUUCUGAUUGAGAGGGGGUCAAAUACUUAUUUCCCUCAUUAAAAUGCAAAUCAAUUUAUAACAUUUUUGACAUGUGUUUUUCUGGAUUUUGUUGUUGUUAUUCUGUCUCUCACUGUUCAAAUAAACCUACCAUUCAAAUUAUAGACUGAUCAUUUCUUUGUCAGUGGGCAAACGUACAAAAUCAGCAGGGGAUCAAAUACUUUUUUCUCUCACUGUAUCUGUUAGAUGAUAUAAGUCUACCCAGCUAUUUCAGUGUUCAUAAAGGAAAGGAGAGGAAGCCAUUUAGAAGUAAAGAAACACAGACAUACUCUAAUCUUUUUUACCAUUACUAUUUGUAUUCGACAGUAGGGAUAAGGGGUUUUGCAAACCUCUGCACAGUUUGUUGACAUGAGUUGGGACCUUAGUGUGUUUUUCGUGCCAAUUGACGGACCCCCUCUCUGGACCCCCACCCUGUGUGUGGAGUGUAUCCCCUGGUCCUCUGUGUGAAUGAUCUCUUUACUUCCUGUUUUGCCCCUGGCUGGAACAGUGCUAGUGACGCUCGCCCCUGUAGCCCCCUCUCUGUGUGGGAUAGUGGAAUAGGAGAGGCCCAUCUUCACCCCCAUGGGAGUACUGCAAACAACGGGCUGAUAAUUAAAUGACCCUCAGUGACGUAUAAAUAACCUUCAAUCUUUUCAUUGAGUGUAGACCCUUGACAUUAUAUGACGUAGCCAGGGGCUUCCUCAGAGGGACUGGGAGGGGAGUUGUGUUUGGCUCAUAAGGCUGUCAUCAUGAAUGAGGUCAUAGUUCAGACCGAUUUACAGCCCCUGAUGGGAGGCCUCAGACAUUGACCUUUGACCUUUACAUAUCGGUUCAUAUCAGAUCUGUCCUCCCAUUCAGUAGUACCAUUAAAAAUUAGUGUUUCAAUGAAUAUGGUGAAUAUUUAAGUUUAUCUGAACAAUAACUGUUACACACAUGAAGUAAUGUCUACACAGUUGGGUAGGAGAUUGAAAAACUGAAGUGAACCUUGAGAAGGACUCCCACACACAAAAAAAAUACAUUUCAUGAGUCCCUUUCAACAUGCAUAUUUAAAUAUAGACAUAUUUGUUCAGAUGGUUCAGAUGGGUGGUCCUCUGUAGCUCAGCUGGUAGAGCACAGCGCUUGUAACGCCAAGGUAGUGGGUUUGAUCCCCGGGACCACCCAUACACCAAAAAAAAAUAUGCACGCAUGACUGUAAGUCGCUUUGGAUAAAAGCGUCUGCUAAAUGGCUUAUUAUUAUUAUUAUUAUUAUUAUUAUUAUUAUUAUUAUAUUAUAGAUGUAGAAUUAUUCACACCAUACAACAGAUAUGGUAGUUAGCCAUUGACCAUUGAUGUGUGUGUGUUCCUUGACAGAUAUGGUAGUUAACCAUUGACCAUUGAAGUGUGUGUGUUCCUUGACAGAUAUGGUAGUUAACCAUUGACCAUUGAUGUGUGUGUGUUCCUUGACAGAUAUGGUAGUUAACCAUUGACCAUUGAUGUGUGUGUGUUCCUUGACAGAUAUGGUAGUUAACCGUUGACCAUUGAUGUGUGUGUGUUCCCUGACAGAUUUUCCAAGGCAACAUUGACAACAACAUGCAUAAGAAGAACCUGUUUGAGCCUUCGUUCUACGCCCGCUAUGUGCGCGUUGUGCCCUGGGAGUGGCACGAGCGCAUCACCCUGCGCAUGGAGCUGCUGGGCUGUGACUACUAGAACUACAUUACCCAUAAUCCACCAGUGCUCCACAAAGCCCUCCACCCAGUCUCCAUACCGUACCUGUCCACACGUGACCGACACUGGAAUCAGUCACACCUUCCUCUGCACCAGGACAUAGAAAUCGAA